GGGAUGGCACAUUUGACCACCAAACUCAACCAAAGGACUAUCUGGGUUCGUGCGCACCAAUUUUGUCAAAGAUGAGAGUGCAAGACAGCGUGCCGCGUACUGGGCAUGUGCACACCACAGCGAAAUGAGUACUGCUGGGACAUGGACGACGUGCCAGUAGGGGACUGAGGACUUUAGUGGGCGGGAGGGGGAGGACGCUUAGGGGAUCCUCUCCAGUUCGCAGCACCGGUUUCACCAUGAGAGUGGACCUCCUGGCCUUAAGACUCAUGUGCUUUGCCUGGUUGUGGCCUGUCACGCAGCUCAACAGCAGCCACUUCCCCAGCAAGAGGAGACACAAGGAGCUCCGCCUCGGGGACGGCAACAAACAGAAGCAUGGCGGACGAGUGGACCUCAAGAUGAAAAAGCUGGAUAGCACAAAGUCUUUGCUAAUUAAAUCAGAGCAGCUGCUUCGAAUAGAGGACCAUGACUUUGCAAUGAGGCCGGGCUUUGGAGACAUGCCUCGUCGGAGUGUUGUCGGAGGGUGUAACAACACUAACAGGCAGGGAUUCAAGUUGCACCACUGGCAAGAAAUCUGCCACCAGACCCCCAUUGAAUGUGCCAGAGUGUCUUCACAUUUUACCGGCGAUGCUAAGACAGACAUGGCACAGAGAUGUAUGGAUAACCUGCAGAUGCAUUUGCAACGAUUAAGUCAACGAAAUCACAAAGGUUCUGCUAUUCCUGUCGGCAUCGAUGUCCAGGUAGAGAGCAUUGACAGCAUAAGUGAAGUAAACAUGGACUUCACAAUGACUUUGUACCUGAGACAUUACUGGCAAGAUGAUCGUCUGGCCUUCCCCUCCAGCAACAAUAAGAGUCGAACCUUUGACUCCCGUCUGGUGAAGAAGAUCUGGGUGCCUGAUGUGUUCUUUGUGCACUCCAAGCGCUCUUUUAUCCAUGACACAACCAUGGAGAACAUCAUGCUGAGGGUAUUCCCUGACGGCAACAUUCUCUACAGUGUCCGGAUUACUGUGACAGCACUUUGCUCAAUGGACUUCAGCAGUUUCCCUCUGGACACACAGAACUGCUCGCUGGAGCUUGAGAGCUAUGCUUACAAUGAGAACGACCUCAUGCUCUACUGGAAGAACGGAAACGAUUCAUUAAGGACUGAUGAGAUCGUGCUCUCACAGUUUUUUGUUGAAGACUUCCAGCCUUCUUUUGGGCUCGCCUUUUACAGCAGUACCGGCUGGUACAAUCGGCUCUACAUUAAUUUCAUUCUCAGAAGGCACAUCUUCUUCUUCAUGCUCCAGACGUAUUUUCCCACCAUGCUGAUGGUGAUGCUGUCUUGGGUGUCCUUCUGGAUAGACAGGAGGGCCGUACCAGCCCGUGUCUCUUUGGGCAUCACCACGGUGUUGACAAUGUCCACCAUCAUCACUGGUGUGUCCGCCUCAAUGCCUCAGGUGUCUUACGUCAAAGCGGUGGACAUCUACCUGUGGGCAAGCUUCCUCUUUGUCUUUCUCUCUGUCAUCGAGUAUGCCGCCGUCAACUAUUUCACCACAGUGGAAGAGAUGAAGAAGCUCAAGAGGGCAAAGAUCCCAGCGUCCUUCGACGCCACCCAGGCCAUGGCUUUCGACGGCUGUUUCCAUGACAACGAUAUCGACCUGACCUCUUUCCCAGAGGUCUCCAGCACGGCGAACACAGACAGGAACACGCAGUCACGGAACUCCACCGUGUCGGGCCCCACAGAGGGCACCAGACUACGCCGCAAGAACCCUUUAAAACACAACCUCAGCUUCAUAAUGAGCAACAGCUAUAUGAUUGACUCCUACUCGAGAGUUUUAUUCCCCCUGGCUUACCUGCUCUUCAACAUCAUUUACUGGAGUUUGUAUGCAUAGCAACACUAUUUUUUUAAACCUAUUAUUAUACAUCAUUGUAAGAUGUUUUUCACAAAUGAUUGUAUUUCAAGCUACAUUGUGAACUCAGUAGUUAUUGUACAACACUGGAAAAUAAAUGUAUCCAGUACAGCGUUA